CGUCAAUCGUGAUAUGCGAUAAAUUUAGGUUAUGUUUUGGAUACAUUUUGCAAAUUAAAAGUGUCAACGAUCUCUCAAUCUUGACAGCUGAUCACAAAUGUGGAGGUAUGAUAUUUUAUAAAAUUUGGGUCAGAACGACUUUGGUUUAACCUUCAUUUACGAAUAAAUGCUAAAAAUAAAGUGAAUUGUUUCUUAUCACCAUAACAGAAUACUCUUAUUAGAGUCACAUGCUUAAUUUAAAUACUAAACAAGUAAAUUGGAUUAGAUUAAUGGAAUAUUACGAACAAAGGGAACGUGAAAUGACGCACUCGUAACUCAACAGAAGUGGCUACAAGCACUGAUAAAACGAUAACUGGUGAAUUUUUCUCAACUUUGAUUAGAUUUGGUUUCCUGUUAUCAUUCCAAUAUUACCCAAUAACAAAACUGAUGUAACUGAGUUGAAUCCAAGUACGUGCCUACGGAAAUAAAAAAGACGAAACAGCUUAGAUAAUAAUUAAAGUAAAUAUCACAUCAUCCGAGUUUCAACGCACCAUGGAAAACGUAAUCUUAGCCACCAGCGACGAUGGAACAAUCGUGUACCAGAAAUUAACCCCAAAGUACCUAAAACAAGCCGCACAGACCACCAAAGAGAUUCUCUUCUCACAAGGUACCAUCGGCCGCAGCUUCGGCGUUCCGGAAGACCCCGAAGCCCUCGCCGAACUCGAGCAACUCCCCCUCGAGGCGGCCAAAGACGGCAUGUCCAUCAUAGCAGUCGACAAAACCACCGACAAAAUAGCCGGUGUGUCCAUCAACAAGUUUCUAGUAAAGUCGCAGCCCUUCUUUCAGAAAUUUCUUGCCACUUUCAAAAACUCCAAGUCCCGCCAAUACGUGGACUAUAUUCUGACCACCUACGAGUUUUUCGAUAUUUUUGAGCACUGUGGGGUUGAUUGCGUGAUGCAGAUUUUGUUUUUGAGCACUUCGGUGGAGUACCGGAAGAGAGGAAUCGCGACGAAGUUGUGCGAGCUCUCGGUUAAGCAUGCGCAGAAGUUGAGGGAUGGGGUUAAUGUGAAGGAAGCGGUGGAUGGGGGGAAGGUGGGGUUGGAGCCGGUGGCGGAGGUGGUGUAUGCCAUGUUUACGUCGCCGAUUUCGCAGAAAAUUGGGAGGGAGUUGGAGUUCGAGAUUGCGAAGCGGAGGAGUGUGAAGAAGUCGGGGGAGUCGCAGGGGGAGGCGCCGGUGAUGACGUUGGAGUAUAAAGUGUUGCAUAAGAGUUAAAGGUUCUGAUAAUUGUGAAUUUUGGUUUGUGAAAAAAUGUAAUAUAACGAAAUAAAAUCAAGGUAGGUUCGUAAACCACAA